CAUAGUGCGCACUGGAAGCCAAUCAGCUCGCGCGUUCCCGCAGCGCGCUGACACAGACACACUCCGGAAUUGCGUGUGUUCAUAUGUUGGACGGUUUUGUCACGAUUUAAGAAAGAACACUCAUUUUCACCUCUUCGUUUCGUUUCGAUUCGAUUCAACCGGAAAUAUAUUUCAUCCACAUUUUUUUUAUUUGAAGGAAUACGCGGUUCCACGUUUGCUAAGCCGUUAUUCCAAGUCCUCGGAAUGGAUUAGAUUUAAGGUUUCGCGCUCGCGCACUAACCGGCCAACAAACUUUGACGCUGUCCGUCACUUUUAUGGCCUCUGCUUCCAAUGAUGUCUAUGAGUUUCGCGCCUGACGGCUUAGGUUCUGCGGAUGCGUCCAAAUCGGCGUUUUUAGAGCUCGGUCACGGGAUCCCCGCCAGCCAGCAGCACUUUUCGGGACUCGCGACGAACGUUUACCCCACGCACGGGCUGCACUCGGGCGGACACCCGCAGCACGAGAGUCCCUUUCCCUCCAGCGCUUGCCAUUACGGCGGGCCGCUCGGUUACGGCUACUCCUCGCCGCUCAACGCUCCAGCACCCGCUCCUACUUAUUUACCCUACCAACAGGGCAGCUACAGAAACCCACUGAGCCACACGAGGAAUGACGAGACCGAUCACGAGAAACAGCCAGUGAUUGAGAACGGAGAGAUUCGUGUGAGUGGUAAAGGGAAGAAGAUGCGCAAACCGCGCACAAUCUACUCGAGUCUGCAGCUCGCCGCGCUGCAUCAGCGCUUCCAGCAGACCCAGUACCUCGCACUGCCCGAGAGAGCAGACCUGGCAGCCAAACUGGGCCUCACACAGACACAGGUGAAAAUAUGGUUUCAGAACAAGCGCUCCAAAUAUAAGAAGAUCAUGAAGCACGGCCCCACCGGACCUGAAGGAGAGCUGCAGACCGCCCGUGCGCAUGCGCAGUCACCCUGCUCUCCUGUGCUGCCAGCUCUCUGGGACGUGCCGAUGGCGGGCAAAAGCAUGCACACACACCCUGGCGGCUACAUGAACAGUUUCGGCCAGUGGUACCCAUCAUCCCAGGACACUUUACCCAGACCUCAUAUGAUGUGACUCAAAUGUGUUUGCUGCCGACAUUCUACCGAUAUAGUGAUUAUACGACAUAUGACAUAUCGUAUUAUAUAUGGAUACAACGUUGCGUCGGUAAUUUUCACUUUUCUGAGCGUUUGUGUUGGCCUACAUGUGAGAAUUCUUUCAUUAAAGUGUAAAUACGGUCGUGUAUUUAAAGGGGCUGUGACUUUAUCCUUGAACAGGUUUUGUUCAGUGCUUGUUGAUAUUAUUAGUCAUCAGUGCUUUUUGUUUUAUAUUCGGACUCCAUUAAUAUUUGUUUUGAAUUAAAGGACUGAUGAAAGGCUGCCAAACACUGUGUCGCCAUGCCAUUAAAAGAAAUUGUCACUUGAAGAAAAUUCUGGAAGUAUCUAGACAAAAAAAAAAACAUAUUAAACUCGCGACACAAAAUGUACUUAAAUCCUAAUCAAUUCCCCUUUUUACUUUUGACUUUCAAUUCAUUUUUCAUUCUACUAUACAAUUGUCUAUUAUUUCCACAGCAUUAUGAAGCAACACUUCAUAAUUCAGGUUCAAAUAACAAAUUUUAUAUAAGCUCAAUAUUUUGAAUAAGCUCAAAUAUAAAAUUUGAGCUUAUUGGAGCUUUGUUUGGCUUAACAUUCGCUGCAUUUCUGUUUGUAAAAAAGCUUGACACAUUAUCAUUUAACCCUUUCAUGCAUAAAUUAUUUAAAAAAGAUAUCCAGAUUUUUUAUAUUUAUUUUUACAUAUAAUUGCAUGCCAUAUGAAUUUUGAGUUUUUCUAAAUGUCACAUAUUAAAAAAGUGAAUUGGCAAGGCCAUGAAUUUAAAAAGAAAAAGCAUAAAACUUUGUACCUGAAAUGGGGGGAACAACAUCUUCUAAUGUUUUUAUAAACAAAAUUUAAUAUUCAGGUGUAAAAUGUUUUAUGGGGAUGACAGGAAAUAUAGAAAACAUUUUUUUUUUGUAUAAAAUAUAGCAAUAUCCUUGGUGAAAAUAAUGAUUGGUGCAGCUGAUUUUGGAGGUUAAAAAAAACUAUUUUCUGUAUUAACAAAAACUAACCUCACACAAAGACUUAAAUUAGUAUUUUGAGUAGUAAGUUUGUAAACAAAAAACAGAGGCAGGCUGCACUGAGAAUGGCAAAUAGCCUGGAGAGCGACAGAAAUCAAGAUCAUUAUUAAUAUUCAAUUACAGUUCUCAGGAGAUUAAGUGGUGAUUUACAUCUUGUAGUUCACUAAAAAAUAAUAAUAAUAAUCCGACUGUCCAUCAGAAAGCAUGAACACUAUGCAUGAAAGGGUUAAAUUAAUCUACCUUAAUCUAUGACCCAAAUGUUUUCAUAUAAUACAAAUUGCUGAACUCUCAGAAUGCUAUAAUGUGACUUCAGAAAUUACCCCACUUGAGCACACAAAUACAUCUGUAAAAAUCACACCUACAUUUCACGUUACUCCCAGAAACUGCAUAUGUGAAUUCAAGUAAUGUUACAUGUUCCACAAAUUUUCCACAAGUAGUGAUUGUGCUUUUAAUUUCAGAUGUGAUUUUUUAAUGAUUAAUUUAUUUUCACAUGUAAAUUUUUCACAUAGUGCAUGUGUUUCUAUUUUCACAAGUGAUAAUAUAUGGAUUGGUAUGAGAAAACCACAUCUGGAAAAUAAAACCACAUAAAACCUUGUAUGUGAACAAUGAGCAUGUGAAAAGUAAGCGCAUCAUGUGAAAGAAAAUCACUCGUAACAUUAAUGUGAAAAUAAUUUAAUUUUGUAGAAAAACAUCACAUUUAAAAUACUAAUACAUGCACUAAAAUUUGCAAAAUGUGAAUAGUUCACAUGAAAAUACUUGUGAUUGACUUUUUUUUUCCUCUAAGGGAAUUACAUUAGAACAAUUUUCUAUAAGCUAUCAUUUAUUUAUUUUGAUUAAAUCAGCUGAACUGCAACAGUCCUUUGCUUAGUCGCAUGAGUGCUAUAAUGAAUGACAGAACAGGUUAGGACAAAAAUCCAUUUAGGAUUAAUUAAUGAUUACUCUUAGUUAUCAUGUACAACUUUAACUUGUUUGUCUCGUGAUGAAUUACACAGAGUGAAACAAGUGGAUCUAUCGUCAUAUGAUCACAAUUACACACAAAAUUGAUAUAAGACGGAUUUUCACUGCCAGAGUGCUUUGAAAAUAGCUGAGGUAGUACACUCUGACACAUUUAUAGACAUACCAUCACAGUUUAGUAUCUAUAAUUUAUUAUCAGACACAAAAGCCCACUAAGCCAAACCCCCAGGAUGUGAGGGUUCAAAAUUUGAAUAAACUGGGCAGGUUGUGGGCAGACAGAGCAGUGAAAAACACAAUGAACUGUCUGCACCUUAAAAGGUAAUUUCCUUAAGAAAAUUCAGACAAAUGCUUGCUCAGCAUCUGGCGGAGUAAUCUGGCACCAUGUUCUAAGCUGCUACAACUGUGAGAAGACGUCUUAUAAUUAAGGGUCUUUUUUUUUUCUUUUUUCUUUUUUUUUUUCUUUUUUUUUUAGAAUGGCUUUGUAGGAGAGUCCAGAAACAUAAUGCAGUCUUAUAGAAAUAAAUAGUCUGUAUAUUAAUAGUCAAUGUAAUCAAUAAUAAAUCACUUUUAAAAUAAAAAUCAAUUUAAGUUUAUGUCAGAAGAAGAGCUGGUAAAAGGCUCUUGAUUUCUGUGAAACAUGGAGGUAGUUCUAUCACAGUGUGGGCAUGCAAUUCACUAGUGAACCUGGUCAAUGCUGAAGAUUAUCAAUUUUGAUUCAUUAAUUUGGUAUCUUUGGGGAAAAUGACUAGCCUUGCUUUCAGAAAACUAACAGCAGUACAAACACACUACAAACAUUAUUAGGGUGCAGGGGUGCAGGGUAAUAUAUUGUAUUUACACAUUGCGAAGUUCCACUUUUGCUUAUUCUCAGGUUGUUGGAGUAACAUGAUCCAACAGGCUGUUUGUCUUUGUCAGUGAAUUUUGACCCAAGUAAAAUAAAAUGAUUUCAUAUAAAAGCGUCAUUAA